UCGGAUGAGUGAACAAGUUCGCUUGAGUCUGGCUUGGAUCUAAUUUGGCUACUCAUGCUCAGCUAUGAUAGUAUUAUAUAAAGUAGGCACUUUCGACGAAUCUCAGGUGAUAUAUCUUUCAUCCAUACAGCAUCAACAAUAUCCUGAAUUUCGACGUGGCCAAGAUGAAGAACGCUGGGGCUGUCCUUUCGUUGGCCGUGGCAGCAGCUGCGUAUCCCAGCAUGGGGCCGUACGAACGAGUCUCGCGCAUAUUUGAUCGUAGCGUUGACUUAUACGCUGAUUGGCCGUCGUACGACCAACUGCCCUUGAAUUCUUCGUACCCAACCAAAGCAGCAUGGGGCGUAUGGGGCGCUGAUGAUCAGCUCGGCGCUCUCAACCACAUCACCAAUGACACCAUCCUCGCUGCUUCCCAGACCAUUCAGGACGGGCUAGCAUUUCCGCUGAAUUUAAGGCUUGACGUUCCCGAUCCGCCGUCCAAUGCUGCUCGGAAACCUCUGAGCCAUCUUUAUAUGCCUCAAGAUGGCUACACAGACGAUGUUCUGGUCAUGAAUACCCAGAUAUCGACUCAAUUUGAUGGCCUUCGCCAUUACCCCUAUUCUACGAACAACAGCGUCUACACAUAUCAGUGGUAUAACGAUCUCAUCGCCGACUACGAAGACGUGAUAGGACCAAAGCCUACCGAGGCCCUCGGGCUUCAGGUGUCUGCUGAGAAGGGAAUCGCGGUGCGUGCGGUACUGUUCGACUUUGCGGGCUGGAUGGACGCGACCAAUCAAACAUUUGACCCGUUCACUGACUUCCAAAUCAACCCCGGUCAAUUGGACGAGGUUGCAGACUGGCAGAAUAUGCCAGAGGACUGGUCGCAGCCUGGGGAUAUGCUCAUCAUCCGCACUGGUUGGGUUAGACAGUACAAUACGCUCAACAUCACUGAGCGAGCACUGCUCCGCGUUCAAAACUGGCCUUAUAUCGGUUUGGAAGCUAGUGACCGAACCUUGCGGUGGCUAUGGGAGAAGAAACUAUCAUUGAUAGGGGCCGACAAUCCCGCCGUUGAGUCAAGUUCUUUCAUCGCCGAGAUCGACGGCGCCAUGCGUAAUCUGCAUCAGGUGUUCAUUGGAGGCUGGGGCAUGAGUAUUGUCGAGUUUCUAUACCUUGAAGAGUUGGUACCGGCCAUGCACAGCCGCAACCGAUGGAACUUCUUCUUGACCAUUCAGAACCUCAACGUCGUCUCAGGAAUAGCAUCGCCGCCGAAUGCCUUAGCUAUAUUGUAAGAAAAGAAAGAUGGAUGGGUGAAACUGUGUCGAGUCACAUUGUGUGGUGACCUAUCAGUACAGUAUGGUCAUCCAAUAUAAUAACCAGCCCCCGCUAUGGUGCAAUCAUAUUCUAUCUCUAUCAUAUCAAACUUGCAUCCUGCUCCAUUCUUGCGCCGCUUGCUUAUCCGAACGAGCGAGUACAUCAUAGCGGCAUGACAAAUGCAAUCUUCCUGCUUCAUCGGUAUU